UCCAACACAUAAUUCAAAUCGUUUGUCUUUACAACUCCACCAUGCAUAUUCUUUCAAGAGGUGUUGUUUCUUCUUUCUCAUCAUCCUUCUUUCCAUGGCCAUGAUGGUGGGUGUUGCUAUAUUGACCAUUGUCUUCAUCUUGAAGCCCCAAAAGCCUGUUUUCUCCCUCCAAACAAUGAGUUUGGAGUCCUAUAAGCUAGACGUAUAUUCAAAUUCAACCCUGUUUAUUUCAUCUGUUAUUUCAUUAACUUUAAAUGCUCAAAAUCCUAACAAGGUUGGCAUAGGUUUUAGCCCUUCAAGACUUGAUAUCCUCUACAAGGGACUUCCCAUAGGAGUAAUACAUGUUCCUGGAUUCUACCUGCCUGCCCACAGCUAUAAUGUGCUUGUGAAAAACCGGGCUUUGUUUCCCUGUGUGAAUGUUAGCCAAAUCAUUUCCGAGGUUUCAAGGCAAACACUGAUUCAGAUGAGAAUACUAGGUGACAUUGGAGCUCACGUGCGGGUGUUUCAUAUAACCCUACCGAAAAUCAAGCUUGCCCUGGACUGCAACAUUAAUAUUGAUUAUCAAGAGCUCACAUUCAAGAAUGAAUUGUAUGCCAUGGCAGUAAAACAAAAUCUCAACGCAGCAUUUCCUGCUAACUUCCAAACCUUCUCCAAGAACUGUUCAGUAGCCUUCUUAAUAUAAACAUGCACUAUUGAGAAAUAUAAUGUAUCAUUUUGAUUGUUAACAGAGGUUUUGUUCUCUUAUGGCAUCCCUUUCCCAUUGGA